AUGAGAUAUACGUAUGCUUUGAGAAAUGGUGCUCGAAUGACGAGCCUGGACUCUGACGUGAGGCAAAAGCUCAUCGCACAGUGCUUAAAUCUGGAAUUCGAUAAAUUGUUGAAAACUGUCAAGUCCCUGCCUCUAGACAUAUUGGACGAGAGUUUUCUGCACCUGUUCUUGGCGAAAAGCGUGCAGCACGCUCAUACCACGUCUAUAGAUUUCUUGUGGUACCGAUUCGUCAUGGGACGCAAAGUUUUGGCGGUAAGACCUUCUCUGCUUUGCGCAAUUGGCACGGUUGCUCUCAAUGAUAACAAGCCGUUUUUGCCGGCUCAGCUUUGUGCACAUUUCGACUUCUUCUACGGCCGCGAACCCGGGCUGGAGGAAUUGCGCAAUGAACUGCUGCGGAUCAAAGUUGAAAGCUUUGCCAAAACCACCAAAAGGUCCACAAGUUUCAGAGAAAAAUGGAAGGUUUUCUUGCAGGAUAUCGACAGCGUCGUUAGCCCUGCCUACGAGCUUCGAGUACGGGACUUCCCGCACCUGACGCAGGCGCUUCGGCACGCCGAGCCGGAGUUGCUCGAGCAAUUGCUGUUUAGCGAGAACAAAAUCGCGAUCAAGAACGAUUGCACUCUGCCCCUGUUGCUCAACAUGACUCUGAUGCAAGACGGACUAGAUCCAGACUUCAAAAUCCGCAUGUUUUGUGGGUUCCGAGACUCUCACCGGACCCUCGACUACAACGACAGUAUUUCGAUCUUGCUGCACACUUUAAAAGGAGAUUUGUACCGAUCGUCCAAGCUCAUGCAGUAUUUGACGAAACACCAUCUUACAAUUCCACCAUUGGGCGCCAGGUGUUUUCUGGCCACGACAAACAUGAAGUGA